AUGGGCGGCCCCGCGGCGCGGAGGGGCGCCGGGGGGCUCUGCGCGCUGCUCCUGGCGCUGGUGGCCGCGGGGACUCGGGGCGCCUACAACCUGGACCCGCAGCGCCCCGUGCGCUUCCAGGGUCCCCCCGGCUCCUUCUUCGGCUAUGCGGUGCUGGAGCACGUCCACGACAACACGCGCUGGGUUCUUGUGGGUGCACCAAAGGCGGAUUCCAAGUACAGCACUUCAGUGAAAUCCCCUGGGGCUGUGUUUAAGUGCCGCGUCCAUACCAACCCUGACCGGAGAUGCACCGAACUGGACAUGGCUCGAGGGAAGAAUCGGGGCAUGUCCUGUGGAAAGACCUGCCGGGAAGACCGGGAUGAUGAGUGGAUGGGUGUGAGCCUGGCCCGGCAGCCCGCAGCGGAUGGCCGAGUGCUGGCCUGUGCCCAUCGCUGGAAGAACAUCUACUAUGAAACUGACCACAUCUUGCCCCACGGCUUCUGUUACAUCAUCCCGUCCAACCUCCAGGCCAAAGGCAGGACGCUGAUCCCUUGCUAUGAAGAGUACAAGAAGAAGUAUGGAGAGGAACACGGCUCCUGCCAGGCUGGGAUCGCAGGCUUCUUCACUGAGGAGCUGGUGGUGAUGGGUGCUCCAGGGUCAUUUUAUUGGGCUGGGACUGUGAAAGUGCUGAACCUUACAGACAACACCUAUUUCAAACUGAAUGAUGAGAUGAUCAUGAACAGGCGAUACACUUACCUGGGCUAUGCAGUUACCGCUGGCCACUUCUCACACCCGUCCUCCACCGACGUGGUGGGAGGCGCCCCACAGGAUGAUGGCAUUGGAAAGGUUUAUAUUUUUAGAGCUGACCGAAGAUCAGGUACCUUAAUUAAGUUUUUUCAAGCAUCAGGUAAAAAGAUGGGCUCUUACUUCGGCUCCUCCUUAUGCGCAGUUGACCUGAACGCGGACGGCCUCUCCGAUCUGCUGGUGGGCGCCCCCAUGUUUUCUGAGAUCAGGGAUGAGGGGCAGGUCACCGUCUAUAUCAACCAAGGAAAUGGAGUCCUGGAGGAGCAGCUGGCCCUGGCCGGGGAUGGCGCCUACAACGCACACUUUGGGGAGAGCAUCGCCAGCCUGGGCGAUCUUGAUGACGAUGGCUUCCCAGAUGUGGCCAUUGGUGCACCCAAGGAGGAUGAAUUUGCGGGGGUGGUCUACAUCUACCAUGGAGACGCCGGCGGGGUGGUCCCUCAGUACUCAAUGAAACUGUUGGGGCGGAAGAUAAAUCCAGUUCUCCGGAUGUUUGGUCAGUCCAUAUCGGGAGGAAUUGAUAUGGAUGGAAAUGGCUAUCCUGAUGUAACUGUUGGAGCCUUCAUGUCUGACAGUGUGGUUCUUCUAAGGGCCAGACCCGUCAUCACAGUGGAUGUCUCCAUCUUCCUCCCGGGCUCCAUCAACAUCACGGCGCCACAGUGUCACGACGGACUGCAGCCCGUGAACUGCCUGAACGUCACCGUCUGCUUUAGCUUCCACGGCAAGCACGUUCCAGGAGAAAUCGGCCUGAAUUACGUUCUGACAGCUGACGUGGCAAAAAAGGAGAAGGGCCAGUUACCCAGGGUCUACUUUAUGUUGCUGGGGGAGUCCAUGGGUCAGGUCACAGAGAAGCUGCAGCUGGUCCACAUGGAGGAGACCUGUCAUCACUAUGUGGCCCACGUGAAGCGGCGGGUGCAAGACGUCAUCAGUCCCAUCGUGUUUGAAGCUGCCUACAGCCUGGGAGAGCAUGUGGUUGGAGAGGAGGUGAGAGAACUGCCGGCUCUGACACCAGUGCUCCGCUGGAAAAAGGGAGAGAAGAUUGCCCAGAAGAAUCAGACUGUUUUUGAAAGGAAUUGCCAUUCUGAGGACUGUGCCACCGACCUGCAGCUUCGGGGUCAGCUGCUGCUCUCCAGCAUUGAUGACAAAACUCCAUAUCUAGCUUUGGGGGCUGUGAAGAAUAUCUCCCUAAACAUCUCCAUCUCCAACCUUGGGGACGAUGCCUAUGAUGCCAAUGUCUCGUUCAAUGUUUCCCGGGAGCUUUUCUUCAUCAACAUGUGGCAGAAGGAGGAAAUGGGCAUUUCCUGUGAACUGCUGGAAUUGGACUUCCUCAAGUGCAGUGUGGGAUUUCCUUUCAUGAGGUCAAAGUCAAAGUAUGAAUUCAGCGUGAUCUUUGAUACAAGCCACCUGUCUGGGGAAGAGGGAAUUCUUAGCUUCAUCAUUACUGCUCAGAGUGGCAACGUGGAGCGCGCUGAGUCCCUGCACGACAACACACUCACACUGACAGUGCCGCUGAUGCACGAAGUGGACACGUCCAUCACCGGAAUCAUAUCUCCAACCUCCUUUGUGUAUGGCGAGUCUGUGGACACAUCCAACUUCAUUCAGCUGGAGGACCUGGAGUGUUACUUCCAUCCUCUCAAUGUCACUCUUCAGGUCUAUAACACUGGGCCCAGCACUCUUCCUGGGUCAUCUGUCAGCAUCUCAUUCCCCAAUCGGCUGUCAUCUGGAGGCGCAGAGAUGUUUCAUGUGCAGGAGAUGGUGGUGGGCCAAGAGAAGGGAAACUGCUCUUUCCAGAAAAACCCAACCCCCUGCAUUAUCCCUCAAGAACAAGAAAAUAUCUUCCAUACAAUAUUUGCUUUUUUCACAAAAUCUGGAAGAAAAGUCUUGGAUUGUGACAAUCCAAGAGUAUCUUGCCUAACAAUGCUCUGUAAUCUUAGUGCUCUCGCUAAAGAAGAAAGUCGAACUAUAGACAUUUACAUGCUGCUGAACACAGAAAUUUUGAAGAAGGACAGCUCAUCAGUCAUCCAGUUCAUAACCCACGCCAAGAUAAAGGCAGACCCAGCCCUGAGGGUGGUGGAGUUGGCCAACGGGAGCCCCGAGGAACUGACGGUGGUCUUCGAGGCCUUGCACAACCUGGAGCCCCGUGGCUACGUCGUGGGCUGGAUCAUCGCCAUCAGUUUGCUAGUGGGAAUCCUCAUCUUCCUACUGCUGGCUGUGCUGCUCUGGAAGUUGGGCUUCUUCCGCCGAAGGUACAAAGAAAUUAUAGAAGCUGAGAAAAACCGGAAAGAGAACGGGGACAGUUGGGACUGGGCCCAGAAAAACCAGUGACCCACCACGCCAGUCUCAUGACCUAACCUCCGCCUGUUGUCCUUGAUCUUUGUAUCUUCCAUAUUUGGAAGAAAGAAUCUUCUCCAGAUUUUUCGGAGGCCCCAGUGAUGCUGUUCUCUUCCUCAUUUUCUCACGCCCAGGUGCCCACCUGAGGCAGCCACUUUGGCCAGGUCCCAUGCCUCGAGCCACCUCCACUUCCUUUUCAAGAUGAACUCUGAGCUCUGGAAAGCAAACUACAGAGCCAAGCAAUAUUUAUGGAUGCGACAUGCGUGGUCAACCCUCAGGGGAAAACUGUUACCUAAAAGUAUUUUUAUAAAUAUAAGCCUUUUAUACUGAUUAUGUCUUUAUAUUUGUAUCAAUGUUUUAUUAUUUCUAUUAAAUAGUUAUAUAAUUCACUCAAGCACUGAUAUCUGGUCUGAAACCUUGGAAAUACAUGUACAUUCAUACAAAUUUUUAAAGAAAAAUAUCUUACUGUACUUUGGAACUUGCUGUUCAAAAAAGACUUGUGGAAGAAAUAAUCCAGAGAAAUCUUGUGUCAUCAGACCAGCCAGCUGGCAGGGCUGUGUAUAAACUGUGGAUGUGGCAAGACUCUGAGACAUUUCACAUUGCCUGGAGUUGAGAUUGAAAUCAUGUGCUAAAGAACUGUGUGGUUUUUCAUAAGUACCUUCCAUUGGAAGAUUCCCAACAGAAAUGUGGACAGAAAAACCCGAAUCAGAGCAAUAAAUCUGCUCUACGUCACCUGCAUACAGCAGGCAUCUCUGCUGCUUCUUGGAUCAAGAGAUGAAAGCUGGGAGCAAUGCCACUGGGUCAUCUGGUAAACCUCAAAAUGCCAUCUCAUCCUGGACAUCACGCAUCAGAGUGCGCACGCUGAAAGGACUAAAUCAGUGUCUUCUAGCAAAGACUUGUGGCUGAAUGCUGUGAUGUGUUGCCUUUUCAUGGUCAUUUGAGCUCAGAGGCCUCCAUUUCCCUUGUCACUCUUGCUGUCCCAGCUACUGGCAAUGGCAGUUUUCUUCUGAUUUUCUUAAAGUACUGUCUUGGGCGAGGUUCCUAAGAAGCAGACUCUGAGACAAGGAUUUGCAUGCAAGUGACAUAAUAAAGAAGUGUUCCCAGGUGCCACUAGUGAAGUGCAGGACAAGAAAAGGGAGGGAGUCAGGUAAGGGUGCAUUGAGGAUAGCUUCAGCUUGUCCUGCAAGGAAGUUCUGGGGGGAGGGAGUAAGUGAUGUGUCCAAGUUGUCUUAACUUGAAGCUAAGGAGAUGUGUGUUCAUAUUCUUGAUCCCAGAGGAGAAGUAAGCUUUCUACUCUCACUUCCUGGUGGCUGAACAGUUCCCAUAGUUGAGGAGUAUUCUCUAAAGGAGAAUGGCAAAUUGCACCCCCAGCUUGGAGGGGAGCAUACAGCAAUGGUGCAAAGGGACCUGGGCAUGGCAUUGACAUCCUCCCCUGUCCUCUGCGUGUGUGAAUGCUGAGUUAUGGUCUGGGUACCAAGCUCUCAAUUUGAUGGUGUUUCUUAUCAAAUGAAUAGGGCUGCCCAGUUUCGAGGGCAAUGUGAUUUUCUAAAAGGGCAAUGAGAUGACGGAGGCAGUGUGCUAGGCACUGCACCUGGCCUGUAGUGGACACUCAAUAACUGUGCACCUCUGAGUGUCUUUACCAUUGCUGGAUAACCAGCUGAAAACAGUGGGAGGGAAAAGUAGGCUAGAGCAGAAUCUGGCAGAGUUCUAAAUGGCUCAUUAUAGCCUGUUCAAACCCCAGCUACAUACAGAUGGCAUCAAAUGAGAACAAAGCAAAAAUGAGACCAAGCAUCUUUCUUGUAUACUUGAAGCUAACAAGAUGGGGGGUGAGGAGUUGUGAACAUUUUUGAAAAGUCACAGAGCUCAACUUCAUGGGAGACAGGUGUUUUAUACACAUACUUAACUAAUACUUGCAAACAGAUCUAAAGUUUUGGCAAAUUUUCAAGGGUGCUGGGCAGUCGCAAAGCUGGCAUGGAAUGUGUGUGUCUUUGGCUUCUUAUUAGAGGGUUGACUGGUAGAGGAAUAUCGUGACUGUAUCUUGCCUCCCAUCCUGUGAACACAGGAGUAGAUGAAACAAAGGGUCUAGUUGACCAUAGGUUGAGGAACAGAGGCACAGAUUCAGAUUCAGGCAAAGAAACCAGUUCAUACUCAGAGUUUGCCUGUGAGUUUUAUCACAAGUAAUAAAGGUAGUCUUGAGUAGGGGCUAGUCACUCAUUUGACUUGUUUCUGGGCUCCCUGUUGUGCAUGGGGUUUGGUGCUAGUUACUGGAGGUUCCCCAGAGAAAGCCAUAGGCACAUUUUCCCUGGAGGAGGCAAACUGUCCUGUAAGAGAGUAUAGAGUGUAGAUUCUUUUAUGAGACCCCAUCGGUAACUUUUCUUUGACAGACUCUUGUUCACCUUGUCAUUUAAUCCAUCAUUUAGCAAUCUUAGGCAGUAGACCUGGGACAGCUCCAUUGGCAGCUUUGGCUAACUGCAUGUUUAGCCACUCACCAACCUCCUACAAGGGAUGCAGAUGUGUAGGUGACGUGAAGGACAACUCAGAGGUAUGUCCACAGUUCUGCCAGCCAGGGGGGAAAGGCUCAAUUCUGGUAGAAGACUCCUAUGAGCAUUCUCAAAGCCAGGAUCCAUUUGCCUCUGGUUGAUUCAUAAUGGUGGAGCUGCAUGAAGUAGUUGCUCACCUAGGAGAUCAGUAAGCUUCAUAAGGCAGUUUUUACUUGGCCUCACUAGGAGCAAAUACUGGCAGCCUCUCUGGGAACCUAUUUGAGGAGGGAUGAUGCCUCUGCGUGUCUGAUCAUGCUGAGUGGCAGGAGGGCUACAUGGACCAGGGACUUAGCAUUUAGCACAGUGAUGGAGAAAGAAGACAAGCACAUCGUUAGCAGUUCAUCAAUUCAUCCAGAUCAGAAAACUUCAACAGUCUUUCAAGAGAAGCGGACAGUGAUUUGGUGUGUCUGGGUUACUUCUCCAGAAUAUUCUUUUACAAUUCCACAGUGCAUUCUAGUUCCACCCCUCUGCUUCUAUGGGUCACUGUGGGAUCCUAUAAGAUAUUCUCUUGCACAGCGCUAUUUCCAUCUGCUUCAGCUUUAAGUUGUGUAUUCAUUAUGAUUUUAACCAACUGUCAGAAGGACUGAGGUGCUUUUUAAAUAUGAAAAAGGGGCUUUUAUAGAGUAAAAUAAUGUUCCUUUUUCAAACAUGAUUUGCAUGUACUCAAUUUACAUGGGACUCAGUCAGUUUGGCACAUCCUCUGGAUGAGUGAGUCCUGGGCUUGUAGCAAAGCAAGGGCCGUGACAUUUAGGAACAAGGGGACACUAGUAAGAGGGAGUGGGUGCAUGGGCCUCAUGGUGACUGACAGGCGCGGAUUCCAGAAUCACUUCCUGCUGUGAUCACAGGGCUUUCCAUGUGUUUUUGGAGAAAAUUGUAUCUGCAUCACCUGGAGUAUUCUGAAGUUUGGUAAACUUUGUAGAAGAUCCAAUAGAAAGUCCUCCAUCAAAUCAUGUGUGGACUAGAGUCCUUGAGGCAAAGGGAAGGAGGUUAAAAGCAACCAGUUGGCCAGCUGGCCAGCACUCUCCUGGAAAACCUGGGAUCUGUUUUCAAUGUGGAAGUGUUGUAUACCCCCCUUCACCUCCCAUCCCCCCAGUGAUAUGUGGGCUGCAUGCUACCUCUUGGACCCUAGCAGAAUGAUUUUUUUUAAUCAUUUUUUAUUUUUGGAUAGUCUUAUGGCCAGUAAAUCACAUUUAGGCCUCACUUACACGUGAAAUGUAUACCUGGUGAAAUGGACACCUGAUUCAAACUUCCCAAAAUUUAGAGGCACUGCAAGGAUUGUCAUUAGGGGAAGAUGGCCGUUUAGCAGACAAAAGCAGAAAAUGAGUCAUGUCAGAAAUACUCCAAUAUGCAGGGUUUUAGUUGUGUUUUGUUUUGCUAUAUAGAACAAUAAUAUAUAUUUUGGAGAAUAUUUUCUGGAACAAACAAUGGCUGAAGGGAGGCUAUGGAGCCAGGAAGGCCAAAAUGAACCUUCUAGAAUGUCAUCUGAUUUGCAGCACAUGAGGGGAUAAUGAACAAAUUUCUCACAUGGUGCAAUGCUUUGUAGCACAAUGAUCUAGAUUUUGUUAAGGUCUUUUUUAAAUUCUAAUGUGCACAGUGUGAUUGGCAGAGUGAGUUUAAAAAGCUUUAAAAGUGAUUAAUUGCAUGGCAGGCACCCACGCUAACUUCACUUCCAGAACUUGACUGAUGCAUCCUGUACAUUUCCUUAGAGGAAUUUUGGUGGGUGGGGUGUUCCUCCUCACAACGUCACGUGUAUUAGUGUAAGCAGUCACUUCUAAUUCACUGUUUGGGAAAUGCAGGUUUACAAAAAUACAUGUUUGGAAUAAAAAAAAUGGCUACAAAUGAUUCAGGAGUUUGAUCUGUAAUUUCUUUGCUAUUGAAGAAUUUGAAACUUGUUAGGGUGUUGAAAAUGGGGUGUC